GUGAUGACCAGCCUGUGUGGGGCUCGGCGCCUCAGAUGACACAUAGCCGAGUGAGGGGAUGGUCGCACUGGAUAUUUCUCUUCUUUUCAACCUCGGACCAUAAUGUAGUGGUUAAGAAAGUGGAGCCAUCAUCAUCAAGAUGGAGGUGGAAGCCAGAAUAAGUGUUCAGGCUAUGAGGGGAAGAUUUGAGCAGCGACAUGAAGACGGCACACUUGUAUCUCCUCUUGCACAAAAAAUCAAUACCUCUCCAGUUAGAACAAGAACUUCGUCAGUCACUAACAAGGAUUCACCAAAUGGGGAUGAAGGAAAAAUUACUCAAAAAAAGUUGGUUCUUCCCCUGGAGGUAAGUGAGCAAGACCAGAAACUCCUGACUGGAGUAAAAAAUGGUCCACUGAAAGAGGAUUCCAAGAAUGGAUCGUUUUUGUCUGAUAUCAUAUCUCCAGUUCUGUCCGGUUCAUCCCAGAGGAAAUUCUCCUUUGAUAUUUCCAGAGAAAGAAGAGAACAGACAGAUGUGAAGAUGUAUGAAACUCCCUCAUAUAGUUUACUGAAUAAAAGUACAGGGGAAAAGUUAGAUUCUUGUGGUGCUGAGGUGAAGCCAAGUGUUGUUAGAAGAAUACCAGUAUUUAAAUCAGUUGACACAGGGCUUAACUCAGAGGGUAAGAAGUCUGAUAAAGAGGACGAGGAAGAAUCUGUCAGUGGAUCUCUCGAAAAAAGAGGAAGAUUUUUUGGCCAUAUUCGCUCCAGAUCACAUGGGAAUUUCAUUAUUAAACGAGAAGCCAGUGUUGAAAAGAACAGUCAUUCAGUAGAAAAGGGGUGGUAAAGCAAAGGGACAAUAUUCUCAAUAAGGAUUGGCUCAUUCAGAAAAAGAAAUUAAAAGGUAAUGAUAACCUGUUUAACAGUCAAGAUUCAAAAAGUAAAUCAUCAUUUGAGGGCAAACAAAAGAUUGUGGCAAAUGUAGUGAAAAAUAUGAAAAAUAAA